CAUCUCGUCAAAAUCUCCCUGCUUCCAUACACUUGCGCGUGAUCGCUACCCGUGCAAAACUCCGAUCCAAAUCGCCUCCUGAGCUUCGAGGCUUCGCCUUUCUCGCGCCGCGCUGCUCCUCCUCCCUAUUGGGUUCUGUAAGUGCUCUCCGGUGGAUCGACAGUCGAUAUGGGAGGUGUUCGGGUCCGAUUUGAGCGGUUGAUACGCUGACUCGGCGUCGGUGCGCCAUCUUACCGAGAAGGGUUUGGGGUUCUGGAACGUGUGACAUGCGGCGUAGGGCGACGGAGUUCCGGCGUCCAUCGAGAAGGCGGAUCCCCGGCUGGAUCUGGUUGCUUCUUCUGAUUUCUGUCACGGCGGGGAUGGUUCUCUUCUUCUUCCAGCAUCGCCAGGACCAGGUUGCCACGCCCGUUCAGGAAAAUAUUCUAGAUGCUGAGGAAGAAAUGCGUGCAACUUUAAAUUUCACACAAGAGCUUUUGAGCAGUAAUUCCUUUGCUAGGCAACUUGCUGAGCAGAUGACACUUGCUAAGGCGUACCUUGUCAUAGCCAAAGAGCAUGAUAACCUUCAAUUUGCUUGGGAGCUUAGCUCACGAAUAAGAAAUUGUCAAUUGUUGCUUGCCCAAGCAGCUGCUGGGAAAGUAAUCACUCAGAAAGAAGCAGGUCCUAUUAUCACUCAAUUAGCACAGUUAAUAUACAAGGCCCAAGACUCCCAUUACGACAUAAGUACGAUAAUAGACACAUUGAGGAGUCAUGUGCUUGCGCUGGAAGAGCGUGCAAAUUCAGCAAUAGUGCAGAGUGCUGAGUUUGGUCGAUUGGCUACGGAAGUUGUAUCCAAGAGUCUUCAUUGUGUAAGCAUAAAACUCACUGAGGAGUGGUUUAGAAAUCCUGCACAUCAAAGACUUUCUGAAGAGGUGAGGAAUUCUCCUAGGCUUGUGGACAACAACCUCUAUCAUUUCUGUAUUUUUUCAGAUAAUGUGUUGGCAACUUCUGUUGUCAUAAAUUCAACAGUCUCAAAUGCAGAUCAUCCUCAACAGCUUGUGUUCCAUGUGGUGACUGAUGAGGUCAACUACUGGGCCAUGACAACAUGGUUUCUUGGAAAUGACUUUGGAGGCUGCACGAUAGAAGUACGGAGCAUAGAAGAGUUGUCUUGGUUGAAUGCCUCAUACUCUCCUUUAGUCAAGCAGAUGGUUCAGGAUGGUUCAAAAGGUUCAAUAGGGGAAAUGAAGUAUAAGAAUAUGAUAUUUGGAUUGUUGCUGAAACAUUUACAUUUCUACAUCCCACAGAUACAACCCCUGCUCGAAAAGGUGGUGUUCCUUGAUGAUGAUGUUGUGGUGCAGAAGGAUUUGACUGCUCUAUACUCGGUGGAAUUACAUGGCAAUGUUAUUGGCGCUGUGGAGACUUGCCUAGAGGCAUUCCAUCGCUUCUACAAGUAUAUCAACUUUUCUAAUCCAAUUAUUGGUUCAAAGUUUGAUCCUCAGACCUGCGGGUGGGCAUUUGGGAUGAACAUCAUUGACCUCAUAGCAUGGAGAAAAUCUAACAUUACUGCCAAAUAUCACUACUGGUUGGAGCAGAAUGCAGACAAAACACUUUGGAAGGCAGGGACACUUCCUCCUGGUCUCCUUACAUUUUAUGGUCUGAUGGAACCCCUUGAUCGGCGAUGGCAUGUAUUAGGUCUAGGGUAUGACUCGGAUAUUGAUGAUAGGUUGAUUGAGAGUGCAGCUGUUUUGCACUAUAAUGGGAACCUGAAACCGUGGCUAAAGUUGGCUAUCAGAAGAUAUAAACAUUUGUGGGAACGGUACAUUAAUUUCUCUCAUCCGCUUAUUAGAGAUUGCAUUGUGCGUUAAGAUGCUGUGAGUCUAACACAUUAUUCCUUAAAGGUCUUUGACAUUCUUAUAUUCUUAGUUAAAGAUCUUGCUUUAUACUCCAUUUUGGAACUGUAAUUUAAAGAGGGAAAGUCAGACUCAUCUUGUAGAAUUCAAGAGUUCAUGUUGGAGAUAUAAUAACUUAUUGUUA